AUGGCUUCUGAGUUUAUUGGGUAUAAUGUGCUCGUCAGCUUGAGAACACCGCCUGGUGCGAAGCUCCAAGGUCAGGUCGCUGAUGUUAUCGGGCAGAGCUUGCUGCUUAGCAAUGUGACUCUUCUAUGGAAUGGUCAACGCCUUCCCCGCUAUUCUGUGGAUGCUUCUGUUAUUACCGAUCUCUCUCUUGAAACGACCGAGUCGGUUCCCUCCCAGCGUAAACCUGCACCCCCAAAGAUCCCUACACCUGCUCAGCCCCAGCAGCCACCACCACCCCAGCCAUUCGUGGACCCAGCCAUCCUGAGCUUCGGUAAACCUCCUUCCCAUCCGCCCCGACCAACCGUGGACACUCGGCCUACGCUAGCUGCCGUUGAACACGUCCCUGCACCAGUCUCAGCCUCCUUGACUGAGCCGUUCAGCAACCUUGAAUUAAAUGUGGGUAGUGAAAGGGCUGCCACUCAGGAAGCGGCCCAGGGCAAGGAGCUGCCAGGUACUCAGAAUUUGGUCUCCAACAAGCACACACCAAAGCGCAACCGACGCGGUAACCGUGCAAAGCUCCAAGGAAACUGGGAAGAUGAAGCAGGCUUGAACCAACAUGUAGCCCCUACCAGUACCAAUCCAAAGAGCAAAGGCUGGCGUCAAACUGCGUUUGUGGAACCGGCAGUUGCACCAACCCAAACCUCCCCAGAAACGGUUGCACAGCCAACUGCAAAGCUUCGCAAGAAGAAGACACGACGGACUUACAUAGAAGAUCCUAGCGGUUGGGCUACCGAGGAUGCAACGGACAUCCAGGAAUUGGGCGAGUUUGAUUUUCAAAGCAACCUGUCCAAGUUCGACAAGCGACGAGUCUUUGAGGAAAUCCGAAAUGACGACACGACCGCAGAUGAGGCGCGCUUGGUCAGCUUUAACCGAAAAGCCAAACCUGGAACCAAUGGUGGAAAGAAUCUCCACUGGACAGAGAAUGUGCUUGACAGUCCCCAGAAUAGCGACGCCGGUGAUGAUGUCGAGGAGAUUAGUGAUGCCAGACUCAGCAGUGAGAAUGCUUCAGGACGAGAACGGGCUAUUGCAGUUACUCGUGUCUCUCGCAAAGGCAGUGCCAUCCUGGGACAGCCCAUGGUGCCGCAGAUCAGCGCGCUUGGUCGCAGCCAGUUGAGCACUUCUCGUACUACGAGCCCUCGGCCAGGCAGAUCAUCCGCUUCUCCUAUGAUAGGCCCGACAGUCUCUGGCGCCUCGUUGCGACUGACCACCACCAAUCGUAGCUGCCCAACCGUGAGCCCAUUGCAAACGCUGGAGGUAGAGCAAAUUGCGGUGGCAGAGUUUGGGUUGGCCGAUGACAUUAUUACAGAAAAUGCAGGCCGAGGUAUUGCGGAAGCCGCAGUUGCAUUGCUUUCUAAUGAUGCUGCUGCACCGACGAUGUUGAUCCUCACCGGCAACCACCGCACUGGGGCACGGGCUAUCGCUGCUGCUCGUCAUCUUCGCAACCGAGGCCAUCGUGUUACUUUAUGCCUUCUCGGAUUAGAACAUGAGGCUGAGCUUCUGGAAAACUGUCGCAAGCAGCUCGAAAUCUUUCGAAAAAUCGGUGGACGGGUUCUCAAGUGGGAAGAGCUAUCAACACGUCUUUCCACCUCCGACCUGGGCCCAGACUUGGUCGUGGAUGCGCUGUUCGGCAUGCAUCUGGCCUUUGAUGAUCUUCGGACCGAUGACCAGGCCGUGGCUUUUGAGAUGAUCUCGUGGGUAAAUCGGCACAAUGUCGACGUGCUUUCCGUCGACGUCCCAUCCGGACUGUCAGCUUCGAGUGGCGAGGUGACGGUGGUCGAAGGUGGACGGCUGUGCAUCAAUGCCACGUCCGUCGUGUGCCUCGGGGCUCCUAAGACCGGCAUCCUCAACGCCCUCCUUUCGGAAGAAGGACUGACCUGGAAUCUGGCCGUGGCCGACAUCGGCAUCCCGCAGAUUGUAUGGAGGAAAUAUGGGACACGCCGACGACAUGGGAUCGACUUCGGAAACCGGUGGGUAGUGCCACUGCGGUACCAAGCACCGAUUUCCUGA